AGGAUAUAAAGUGUGAUUGAACUGAACAUCUAUUUGGUUGAUCCUCAUCAUGAACCGUGCUUUUAGCAGGAAGAAAGACAAAACAUGGAUGCAUACGCCAGAGGCUUUAUCAAAACAUUACAUUCCCUAUAAUGCAAAGUUUCUUGGCAGCACAGAAGUGGAGCAGCCCAAAGGAACAGAAGUUGUGAGAGAUGCUGUAAGGAAGCUAAAGUUUGCAAGACAUAUCAAGAAAUCUGAAGGCCAGAAAAUUCCUAAAGUUGAGUUGCAAAUAUCAAUUUAUGGAGUAAAAAUUCUAGAACCCAAAACAAAGGAAGUUCAACACAAUUGCCAGCUUCACAGAAUAUCAUUUUGUGCAGAUGAUAAAACUGACAAGAGGAUAUUCACUUUCAUAUGCAAAGAUUCUGAGUCAAAUAAACAUUUGUGCUAUGUAUUUGACAGUGAAAAGUGUGCUGAAGAGAUAACUUUAACAAUUGGCCAAGCAUUUGACCUGGCAUACAGGAAAUUUCUAGAAUCUGGAGGAAAAGAUGUUGAAACAAGAAAACAGAUUGCAGUGUUACAGAAAAGAAUUCAAGACUUAGAAACAGAAAAUAUGGAACUUAAAAACAAAGUACAAGAUUUGGAAAACCAGUUGAGAGUAACCCAAGUAUCAACAUCUCCAGCAGGCAAUGUGACACCUAAGUCUCCCUCCACUGACAUCUUUGAUAUGAUUCCAUUUUCUCCAAUUUCACACCAGUCUUCAAUACCUACUCACAAUGGCACGCAGCCACCUCCAGUCCCUAGUAGAUCUACCGAGAUUAAACGGGACCUGUUUGGAGCAGAACCUUUUGACCCAUUUAACUGUGGAGCAGGGGAUUUCCCUCCAGAUAUUCAAUCAAAAUUAGAUGAGAUGCAGCGCCAGAGAUGGAGGGGUUCAAAAUGGGACUAACUCUUGAAGGCACAGUAUUUUGUCUCGACCCGUUAGACAGCAGGUGCUGAUGUCAAGAACAGGAGGUCUUGAAUCUGUUAAAUUUGUUUUGUAUACAUAUCAAUUAUUCAUUAUUACUUAUGACAGGUAUUAUACAUGUACCAAUAUAUUUUUGAAUCUCAUAACUUUCUGAAAAUUAUUUCAGUAAAAUUUCCUCAUACUUUCACUGUUGAACUGUAGCAUUUUGUUUUAAAAACAACUCACUGUAAAGUCAAUCAUACUUUUAUGUUCCUUUCUGUUUGUUUGUAGAAGAAUUUUUAAUUGAAAGACAAAUUAUCCAAAUAUCUGCCUGUGUCUGAGCUCUAAAUAAUUAGCUCUUCAAAUUUAAGUUCAUUCUCUAGGAUGCUAGUUUAUUACUGAUUUCCCAAAAGCCAUACCUUAAAGAUACCUUUCAGAGUCCUGAAGAGAUACACCAAUGCCAAACUAAAUAUGUUCUAUAUUCAAACCAAUAGACAUGUUACCAUUCAUUAGACAGAUGUCAUUUUACGUAUGAAAUGUUGUUCAUAUUAUUGGGAAAAUGUAAACUUUGAAUAUAAUGCCACCAGAUCAUUUUUAGUAGGUAAAAUAACAAAAAUAUAAAUUCCAAUAAUAAUUAAACUAAAUGUAUUUAGAGUACUUAUUAGUAUAAGCAAGGUAAUAAUGUUAGUUAUUAUUAUCAGGUACACUCUAAAUAUUUAUUUCAUAAAUAAAGAUUGUGGAAAAAAUGAAAAUUUGCUAUUUAUAAAACACUUAAAAUAAAAUUUAAUUUCUAAUGAGAUAAGUUACAUUACUAAACAUCAUCUGAUCUGAAGUUUCUGAAAAAAACAUUUGGAAUAUAUGCUGUCUCUAGUUGCAGUAUCUAUUACCCAUAUAUACUUUACCAAAUAUAUUUUUUCUGCACUGAAUUAGACUAUCCUUCUUACAUUUUCUCCUUUGAUAAAGAUAUUUUCUCACCAAAGUUUAUUUUGUGAUGACCCAUUAGUUUUGAUACUGUUAAAAAUCUAUGGCACCUGUUCUUUAUGAAUUAUCAAUAUUAUUUAGCAAAUUUAAUUUGUAUCUGUUUUGUUAAACUCAGAAUCUCAUUUUUCACAAAAAUGAAAUUGCUGCUCAGUUUAGUAUUUAACAUGAACAAUAACAUUUUCUUGCAGCUGAUUCUUGAUGUGCUGAUUAACUCUGACUUUUAAAAAUGUUUGUUUCUUACACCUUUGCCCAUUAUGUAACAGACUGUAAUUUGUACUGAGUGCAGCAAAAUUUAUGGUCAAAUUUAUAAUUUGGUUCAUCACAUUAUAAGAAAAAAAAUUAAAUUAAUGAAAAUAUGAGCUUAGAUUGAGGGUAGAUCUCAAAAGUGUUUCUUUUCCUUUAGUCAUGGAAAUUUUCUUCACGUGCUAAAGGUACAUUUUCACUAGGAACAGAAAUCAAAUAGGCUUAUGCAAUAUUAUAUUUGUAUGUAUCCCCAUAAUGUUCUGUGGUGUAUAUAAGCCUUCUUGUUUGCUUUCUGUUAUCUGCUAAGUUGUACCUUAAUUAGAGGGUAGUAUAUGUUUCAUAAAGAAGAGUCUUUAUAAUUUUGUUUGUCAUAUAGUAUUUUGGAAUUUGUAUAAUGAGGAUGUUUAGAAGCCAUAUCAAUGGCUUUUUUUAACAGAUAGAAUUUGUAUUUUUAUUGUACUUUAAAAAGCUUUGUGUAAUAGGUAUAUAUUUAGUGGCGAUUUAUUAUCAAUGGUAACACAAUAGAGUACUUUGCACAUUUAAAAUAUGUUAUUGUACCAAUUUUUAAUGGUAAUCAGUUCUGCUACUGGCAUGAUUAAAUAGUAUAUAAUUGGUCAUUAAUUAUGAACAUUUAUUUCACCAGUGCAUUUUUAUGAAGAUACAUUUGCAAAUUGUAUUUCUAUGUAAACUCAAUGAUAUGUUUGAUUUUGCUGAGAAUAAAUGAUUUUAAAUAAA